GAUACUAGAUCUAGAUCUAGAUCUAAAAUCUAGACCUACAUCACAGUCGAUGUCCGGGGGGAGGGGGGUGAGAAUAGCGGUUCAUGGGUUAUUCUCACCAGAGAAUAGGUGGACGAAAGAAAAAACGCAGUUCGGGGAGAUUUGACCAUAGUCGCCGGCCUACUCUUCACCUUGCCAUGCCGAGCGUGGCGCCGCGAAAAAAGAGGAGAGUCCAUAGCCUAAUUAGCGAAUAAACAUUGUAUUAUAUUAGCCUAUUUGGCAAGGAUCUUUGGUUGAUGCGUCUCUGGUUGUUGUUAUUACCAGAGACUGUUAUUACUUCGAAGUUCGAAGGGAAACUACUCUUAAAAAUUGCCACGUUCUCGUUGCUCUUCGCGAGGCGAGAAUGCGAGAUGAGAGAUGUCAACAAACUUAUCAUCGGUUCAUCUUACCGUGAUAUACCGGUUUUCUUUCUCAGCAGUGCAGUGCUUUAGAAUGAAUGCAGUAUUGUUUUGUUGGAGUAGUUUGCACGUUUGAGCUUGCCUUCGGACCAGACUGGUCUAUGGUUUUGUGGUACUGAGUUACUGCUGGAGGUGAUGGAUGUGGGGAAAGCGUUGCUCGUCAUAUGGAGCCCUUUGACCUAACCUUUCACCAGGUGACCUCUGAUGAUGACCUCAAAGACCCUUCCAAAUUUGACUCCUUUAGCAAUGUUAUCAAUUAUGAUACUAGCUUCGACAGUUCAGGCGUUUCUCUCCCUCUGAGUUGCUACAAUACAGACACAGCCCAGUACACCUGGAAAGAUUAUACAUACUCAGCAGCAAGUGGCAUUCAGACAACCAGUGGUGGUGUACCGACUGGCAACAGCUUUCAACACCAGUCUGUGUGGUGUGAUACAUCUCAAGGCAGUCCACCACACCGCACUUUCCUCAUACACCCGGAUGGUUUUCUCGGAGAUUCUCUGUCAGCAGAGCGUGAGUCUUCCUCGGUUCCUGUGACCACAGCUCAGCAACAGCUGAAGAUAUUAGCUCAAAUUUCUGCCAAUACAUCAGCAGUUGGGAAGAAAGGCAAGCGGAUUCAGAAAUUUGUGGCCCGUACUGUGACCUCCCCCUCCACUCCCAUCCCUCCACCUCCAAGCACAAUGUCCCAGCAAGCUCGAUCUACACCCAACUCUCAGACCUUGUCCUCUCCGCCAUCUUUGGGGAGCUCACAGAAGGCGGCUGAACCCAGUGCAGAGGACAACAGUUUUGAGACUGUUGCUGAAGCCCUCAAACUGCAAUGGUCUGUCAUAGGCAACAAGUCACUGGCCCCUGCUCCUCCUGAUGUUGUGGCACAGAUUGUGGCUCAGGCAGAGCAGAAGAUCAAAACUGGCGACAGCAGCCCUCUCCCUGGCAACUAUACCCCAACCGCCUCUCCAACGCUCUUCACCUGUGAUAAGCCGACUAUUCUUGCCAGCCCGGAACCCUCCCCUGUACUCCAGCCUGUACCGAUAGCUCUGCAAGAGAUUCACCGUGACGACUGUCAGCGUGAGCUCAUGCGCGUCAUCCCUACAGAGAUUACCACGGAGAAGCCCAGCUCAGGUACUUGGUUCAGUGCUGCGGGAAAAAGCCUGGAGAAAGACACCUCCUCCAAGGGGAGUAUUGAGUCUCCGGUUCACAGGUCAAGGACUACUGGUUCAACCCCAACCACUCCUCUGUCUCCCUUCGCAGAGAAGCAACCUUGGAUAGGGGACAUGUUGUCCUCCCCAAGAGGUGGGCCUAGUCUUGCUGCAGGAGAAGUUUUGUCAGCCACUGCUACUGGUGUCAAAACUGUCGAGAACUGGGAUACAGUCAGUGAGGCAAGCUACUCUAGUGAGAUGGAGAUGGAGAAGUACCUACAGGCCCCUCUGUCAGCUGCCGGUCUCACCAACUACCAGCUCGAGUCAGAGGAAUUUCUUCGCUCGCUCCCGCCUAUCAAACCCAUCAAUCUGGACGCUUAUGCUCCGUUACCACCUCUCUUACCCCCACAACCCAUGAAAACCAAGGAGAAGAAACAAAAAUCUGCUGCAUUGACUACUAGCAAUGUAAGGAAAAAAGUGGUAGAAGGCCAGCAGGCGCAAAAUGGCCUGGCGAAUAAGUUUUCAGCUUUUACCAGUGGUCAGUCUACACCAGGCAACUUCCCACAGCAUCCCAUAACCUCCACCCCUCAGCUGUCCAGCACAGUGUCAACACCCUCUGGUUCCUCUCUCUCUGAUAGGGUUGUACAAAGAGACAGUGAUAUCACCUCCAUACCAAAAGACAGCAGCAGAGACUUGUUUUUCUCUCCACAUUUGUCACCAAUUAGCGAAGACUCUCCCGUGUUUGCAACGCCUGAACAAAGCACACUGUUUCAUUCUGCUUCUGGCAGCACACCUAUGCCAUCCUCCGGGUCUUAUGACAAGAAACAGUUUGAUGAAAUUCUGAGGCAGAAAGCAAAACUGCAGGGCCAGCUGGAGAUUCUCACAGAAGAGUCUCAGAGUAUGUUGCAGGAAAGGGCUGAGCUCCAGGCACAGCUGACGGCCUUGAAGGCAAAACUGUCGACUGCCCAGGGAGCUGAGGCUGGGGCUGGGGGAGACAACAAUCUCAGAAAGGAAGUGGAAAACUUGCGGACAUCUCGGCAGCUGUUGGAGCAGACCAUCCUGGAUGCAAAUCGACUUUUGUCAGAGAAAGCAGAGGAAAUCAGGGCUCUGCAGGAUGAGCUACAGGCAGCUCAAGAUACUGCCAACAAGUUGCAGGUGCGCUCACAAGAGAUGCGUGAUGAUAUGAGAGCUAAGGACAUGAAUGUGCAGGCUCUCAAGAACAAGAUAGCCGAGCUGUACGUGGAGGUACAGACCAGCAUUCAGGCCAAGAUGGAGGCUGAGACGGAGGCUCGGACCUCUCGAAAUGACCUGGUGUCUUUGGUCAAAGCCAAAGAGUGGUACCAGGAGCAACUCCAGCUUGCUCAUGAGGUCCGCAGCAAGUUGCAGAGGGAGCUGACUGUUCUACAGGGACAGUCUGUGUCUCACGGCACCAUUGUGGAGCGUCUCAAAACAGAUUCGGGCCGACUGCGUCAACAGCUGUCAGACAUGCAACAGAGGGCACUGCGUGACAAGGAGGGCUUGGCCCGCCACCUGGAGGCUAUUCAAUCUGACAUGAUGGAGCGUGAGGCGGCCUUUCUGGAGAUACAACGUGAGCGCAAGAUGUAUGAGGAUACUUUCAACACUCAGGUGCUGACAGUGGAGGAGGAAAAGUCCCGCAUGGCCAGCCUGCAGCAAGCCACAAAUGACCUGGAAGCUCAGCUUGACCGGGCCAGUGGGGAGGCAAAGAAACGCCACGAGGAGCUCAUCUCCAUGGAGACGGGCCAGAUGGAGACCAUGAAGAGGCUGGCUGUGGCGGAGGAGUCGCUGGUGGAGAAGGAGAAAUCUCUGCAGGAAAUGGAGCAAAGACUUAUACAGAUGGAGUCCCAGCUUCAGGCGGUCAUGUCAGACCUGACCAAGAAAGACAAUGAGAUCCUGAGCCUGAAGGAAGAAAAAGCCUCCACGGAGAUUGCGCUGCGCUCGGCCCUGCAGGAGAAGGCCUCUGUGGACCGUGCCCUGGAAGUGCUCAAGACUGACAUGGGCAAGGUUGAGAUAAGUUUCAAGCAAAUGAAGCAAGAGCUGGGAGUGAGGGUGACUGAGCUGGAGCAGAUGAGAGUGAGCAAAGAGCAUCUUCAGGAGGAGCUUGACCGUUCUCAGCAUGAGCUGGACAUCAAGUCGCGCAGUGUGGAUGCCAUGACCCGCAGUGCGGAUGGACAAAGUGCCACACAACACCAGUUGGAGGGAGAGAAGGCGAGGCUGGAGGGAGAGAAGAAUGAACUAAGGCUGAGGGUCCAAGUAGUGCAGCAAGAAUUGAAUGAAAAGACUCAAGCCGUUGCCGAGGCUACAUUGACUGUGGAAAAACUGACGGUGAGGGUCUCAGAACUAGAGGCCAUGGUUGCCAAAGCCAAAGACAGCGUUCCUGUAGACAAGAUUAAAAUCUACGAAGGGGAGAUAGAAGACUUGAGGCUAAGGAUCAAAGUGUUAGAGGAGACAGAGAGGGAGGAGGCCAAUAGCCUUGAUUUGGAGCGCGAACAGAUGCACACUGAAAUUGCCAGACUGAAAAGGGAGUUGCUGGACAGACAGAAGGCAUAUGAUGAAAAUGUCGAUGUGCUGGAUAAAAAGUUGAAAGAGUUGACAGUGGACAAACAGCAGCUGGAGACAGAGCUGGGCAUUGCCCGACGCUCUCAGGAGUUGUCACAGCUGGAGGAAAGAGAUAGUUUUGCUGAGGAGAUUCAGAACCUGGCAACGGAAUUGAAGCGAGAGAGAGAUGAGAAAUAUGACCUUGAACAGCAGCUGCUGACGCUGCAGGCCCAGAAGGUGGCAGAAGUCGAGACUUUGCAACAGCGGCUGACGACACAGAUGGCAGAGCUAGACGCUCUGAAUGCUCAACGCAAUCUCUUGGUGGAGGCCAAUGCAGACAAUCAGAGGCUGGAACUAGAGCUGGAGAAGGAGAAGGGGCGUGUCAUGGGGCUGAGCCAGAAGAACGCUAAGCUGAAAGAACACAGCCACCAGGUGGAGUCGGCUCUGGCCCAGAGGGAGUCAGCCCUGGCCGACCUACGUUGUACGGUGGAGGACUCGGGCCGCCACCUGGAGGAGAGAGAUGCCAAGUUUCUGGACAGGAUCUCAGGCCUGGAGACAGCAGUGGAAAAGGAAGUGGAGGUCCAGCGAGAACUCAGGAAGCAAAUGGGUACAAAAAUCAUGGAGAACAAGCGAGUGAAGAAACAAAAUGAGGGGAUUCGAGAGGAACUAGAGCAGCUGAAGAAAGACUUGUCGGCCAGUCAGCAGGCGGCCACCCUGGCUAUGGCCGACUUAGAAACGGCCAACCAAAUGUCACAGAUGCACCUGACAGAGGCCAGGGAGAGCUCAGCACAGGCCCGUGCUCUGGAGGGGGAGCUGGAGCGUGUGAAAAGAGACCUCAGUGACAACUUAGCACGGCAACCUGUGCUUUUGGAACAGAUCCAGAACCUGGAGUGGCAGUGCAAUCAAAAGUCCAAGGAAGUGAAGGCAGCUCAGGAACAGAUCCAGAUUGCUGAGAGUCGGGCCCAGGAGGAGGUGGAAGCCAUGAAGAUCUCUCUGCAGACCAAACAGACGGAGGUUGAGAGUUUGCUGGGGGAGCUUAGCAGCCUGCGACAGGAGAAGGCACAGCAGAGGUCACAGGUCAAUGAGCUGAGGGGAGCGCUCAAGGCCUCUGUGCAGCAUCACAAGCUCACCAAACGACUGAACGAGAAUGGCAGCAUUGACAAGAGUGUUCAGGCCAAUAUUGAGCGUAAAGUGGUCAUCCCGCCCUUGCCAUUUGACCUGGCCUCUGUGGAGCAGCUCAUCCAGGACACCAAAGUGACCCCAUUGGACAGCAAACCACUAGAUCAACUAUCAUCUUGCCUGACAUCAUUGCGUGCUGAAAUAAGUGGGCUGCAGAAGCAGAUGGAUAUCCACACAACUGCUGUGCACACUUCAAAUCAGUCAUGGAGAACUGUCCAGAGUGAUGUGGAUGAUCUGAAUGAGGUAAUGCGAACGAUUGCCAACACUAUCAUCGCAGCAAACAGCACCCGCACCAUCACCAUGGCAACAGCUGUAGAUCGGGAACAGGCAGAGAUUCUGCAUGUGUGAAUAAUGUUAGUGGAAGGAAAACCAGAAAGUAAAAUUUGUAUUGGUUCGUUUUUACUUUUGCUAUCAGGCCUGUUCAGCCGAGUAGAAAUUACUAGUUGCUGUCUUUGGACUGAGCUAGAUUUUGGUGUCCAGUGCCUGUAAUGUCAAAGAGGGAUUGACAGACUAUGAAACACCUUUUUCUCAUAGCAGCUCAGUGGUACCGAUCAAUUUAAAUAGUAUGUUGCAAUGUUCUGGAAUUUGUAGAAGUUCUCAAGUAUAACUCAUGACUAAUAUAUAGAUGUGUAGAUUAUGACUCUGGAUCGGUCUAAAAGUAGGCAGUUUAGUGAACGCGCUCGCGGCAGGGCGAAUCGGCCGCGGUACGCCCCGUAGACUUUUGUGACCGGCCGUGAAACCUCGCGCUACGGUGGGUCUAAACAACUCACAGUUUUGUUUCCUUUUUUGCGAAUUGCACUAACACUCCCGAUACAUCUUUUUAAACAGAAAAGAAAUGUUUUCAAAAUGACGGUCUUCGCGUGAAAAUCGGUUCAGUAGAACUGGAAAUAUUUGCGUCUGAAAACAAGGCAGUUUUUACAACGCGAUAAAAUGAAAACUACUGGCUGUAUAUUUAUGAAUCUUUCAAAAGUUAUAGAUUAUCCAUUCUAGUUUCUUUUGAACCCGAGUUGUUUAGGUUGAACUUCGCACAACGCUACGGCACUUCCCGUAAAAAUGCAUACAUAAAGCCGAAACGCCGAAUCGGCUGGUCAGCGCCCCGGGGCCCCCACUCUCUCCUGCACACUGUGAUAACGUAUUGCGCCGGCAUCGCAUUUAUUCGCGCUUUACUUGUUUCUCCAGAUAAUAAUAAUACGUGCGGCUAUGAAAUUAUGAACGGACUGACAAAAGAAUUCACAGUUUUGCUUUUAUUUUACCAUAUUUGGCUCUUGAAUAGUGCAAAUGAUAGCUAAAUCUAGAUUACCUUCUAGAAUUCAGCUGUAGUAGGCUAGAAACAGUCAAAAAGCCAGCAUAUAGAUCUAGCUAUUUAUGCCCUUGGGCUUUGGAAUUGAUAUAAAGCUUGAAUUGCACAGUUCUAAUUGAUGUUAGAUUCAGCAUCUAGCUAUAUAUUCCAGAGUUAAUAAUAAAUCUCAUCAUAACAAUUGCUUUUAUGAGACAACCUUUUUCUUAAAUCAGUUUUGCGCAAACUUACUAGUUAGUAGUAUAGUAGUAGAGAACAGAGUUUAUCUAAGCCUCUCCUCAGUCUUUCACUUUCAGUACCUAAUAAUUUAAUGUUGUUAUUUUCUGGAUAUUUUUACAUUUACAUUAUCAAAUUGUGCCAUUUAAAAAAAUAUAAUUUAUGGCCAAUGAGUCUGACUCAAUAUUUAAAAAAAAUUAUGCUCAUCAAAAAAAAUUGCUAGUUGAUAAUAACUCAAAAUGUAAUGAAUAGUGAAGAAACAUGUGUGAAAAAAUAAUAGAUGAGGUAGACUAUAAAUAUAAUUUGUCCAAAAAAUUGCAAGUGCAACUUGUGUGAAGAUCAUAAAAUGACUUUAUUUUCUUGUCAUCUUUCCGCAGUUUAUUAAAUGUUUCAGUGGGUCUACAACUAGGUCUCCGAAGAGCAUUUUUCUUGAAUUUAUAUAUAGCAAUGCCAAUCGCCCGCUGGGCCUUGUGCCGGAAAUCGGCCUCCGCGCGAGGGGUAUUUUUGGGGCCGCUCGGAAUAAGAAGUGACUCUUCUAAGUUUAGUUACGGGAAAACUCCUCGACGAAAAUAAA